UUCCAAAGCCAAGUUCCAACAUUUCAAGAUAUAGCGACUAAGUAAAUGCAUUAAAUUGUUUACACUUCGUUAAUAAAUUAAACAGACUAAGGCUGAAUGUGCCAGCCGCAUUACGACAUAAUCGCAGGACCAGACAAAAACAAGACCCAAGGGUACUUCAGAUAACUCAACAUGGCGGCGUCCAUUGGGAGGAGGAUGCGGUUGCUAUUCAACACUUCUUGGGUGGUAUCUUUGAGGUUUAGGCGAUCCGUGGGUACAUCAGCUGUUUUAUUUAAGAGGGCUGAUCCACUUGGGCCCAUGCCCAAUGAGAAUAUUGAUGCACAGAAUUUAGAAUCACUUGAGAAUUACCGCAGUUACCGCAGUUACGUUCGCUACCUUAAAGUGGCAGAGCAAGAAGCCACAAAGUCACAUUGGUGGAAAACGUAUAAACAUUACAUUGCACAGGAUAGUAGUGAAAGCUUUGCAGGUACAGAUGACAAAGUGGACAUUGGUCUACUAUAUCAGAGGCCAUCACGGAAAAAGGAGGUAAAAGAGCGAAAUCGGCAAGUAAAAGAAAAUCAUAGCAACCCAGAACUGGAAAGAGCAGCUCGCCACCGCACAUUGUUGAUUCCACUUGAUGAAGUGAAGACCGAUUGGGAGAAAAUAAAUGGGCCUUACCAGAUUCAGCGUGUGGCCGAGCAUUAUGGCAUAUACCAGCAUCUUUUUCACGAAGCUACUUUUGUUCCUUGGGUAAUGUUGCGUGUGGAGUACAGUCUUGAUGAGGAGAAUGUCAUGCCUGUUCAUCGUGGGAAUGUUGUAACUCCCAGUGAGGCUGUGUCUGCCCCUCGUGUAACAUUUGAAGCUGAAGAAGGCUCACUGUGGACACUUCUCUUCACAAAUCCAGAUGGACACCUAAGGGACAAUGAAUCUGAAUAUAUCCACUGGCUGGUGGGAAAUAUUCCAGGCAACAUGGUGGAGUCUGGAGAUCAUCUGUGUCGCUACUUCCCCCCAUUCCCUGCUAAAGGAACAGGCUACCACCGCUUCAUCUUUAUUCUUUUCAAGCAGGACACAAAGAUUGAUUUUAAGGAUGAAUACAGACCUUAUCCCUGUCAUUCUCUGAAGAUGCGGACGUUUCAUACAUAUGACUUCUAUAAGAAGUAUCAAGAUUUUAUGACUCCGGCUGGACUGGCAUUCUUUCAGAGCAGAUGGGAUGAAUCUGUCACCCAGGUGUUCCACCAUCUGUUGAAUAUGAAAGAGCCUGUGUUUGAAUAUGACCGCCCACCAGUUUACCAUCCUCCGCAAAAGAAGUACCCACAUCGUCAGCCUCUCAGAUACUUGGACAGAUACAGAGACAGUGAUGAACCUACUUAUGGUAUUUACUAAUUUGGCGCUUGAGUAUUGGAGAUGGAUGGACUUGUGAAGUAUCGUCAUGUGGAACAGCUGAAAGUCUGGUAACUGCUGCUGAUACUAACUAAAGACAGAACCUGUGGUAUAACUGUUCAUGCAGGUGAAUAUAUUUGGAGCCUUACCAAGAUAACCCAUAUUAAAAGUGACUUGGGACACUGGAUUUCUGCCUGCUUUACAUGAUGAUAGGUGGAAUACUGGUACUGGAAAUUGUUUUCUGGAGAAUAUCCAUAAAGGAUAACUGUGCCUCCAAGGAAUUUCUUCCAGAUGACAUUUUGUUACUGUCUUAAAAUGUUUUGUCUGUGAAACACAAAUGUGAGAACAGAAUGAUACUCGGAGGUGCUGCACUCUUCCUGCAGUAAUUAUAUUCAUGUUCAAUGCAGACUUUAUGUGCACCUCUUGACUCUUUAAAUGUGGAAGCCUAGUGCAGUAAUAAGAGUCUGAAGAGGUCAUUGGCUGCAGCUCUUUGUUUUAAUUCUGGUUAUCUCCAUUUACAUACUGUACAACUUUGAGCAAACCACUUAUCCGAGCUGUGGUGUGGGGUUCACAUCUGAAAAAAGUUGUUUUGCCUGUUGAGUCUUGCAUUGCUAAUAAAACAUUUUCUUACCAUA